AUGGGGGAUUUCUUGUAUAGUGAUAACGAAGAAGAUUAUUAUAUUUCUGAUUGUGAUUCUGCUGAUGGACUUGAUAACGAUGACGCUGAAGAUGAUGAUAAUGAUUUACAAUGGACGUCGGGUGCAUCGUCUACUAAGGUGAUUACAAGAGAGUCGCUUUUGGUAGCGCAGAGAGAAGAUUUACGGAGGGUGAUGGAAAUGCUUAAUUUAAGUGAACAGCAUGCACGUACUUUGCUUAUUUAUCACCGUUGGGAUGUUGAGAAGGUGUUUGCAGUGUUUGUGGAGAAAGGCAAAGAUAAAUUGUUUGGAGAAGCUGGUGUCACUGAGAAGAGUUGUAAGAUUAAACAUGCACCAGCUGCUAUGACAUGUGAGGUUUGCAUGGAGGACAUACCCGAACACAAAGCAACAACAAUGGAUUGUGGUCACUGCUUUUGUAACAACUGUUGGACGGAGCAUUUUGUUGUUAAAAUCAAUGAAGGGAAAAGCAGACGCAUUACAUGCAUGGCAUACAAGUGCACUGCAAUUUGUGAUGAAGCCAUUGUUCGGAAUCUAGUCAGUGCGAGGGAUCCGGACCUAGCAGAACGCUUUGAACGCUUUCUUUUGGAGUCUUACAUCGAAGACAAUCAGAGGGUCAAAUGGUGCCCCAGUGUUCCUCAUUGUGGAAAUGCAAUACGGGUUGAGGACGAGAAACUCUGUGAGGUUGAAUGCACAUGUGGGGUACAAUUCUGUUUCAGUUGUUCAUCAGAAGCACACUCUCCUUGCUCGUGCUUGAUGUGGGAGCUUUGGGUUAAGAAAUGUCGGGAUGAAUCAGAGACAGUUAACUGGAUUACAGUCAACACAAAGUCUUGCCCAAAGUGCUAUAAAAGUGUUGAAAAAAAUGGAGGCUGUAACCUUGUCAGCUGUAUAUGCGGGCAAUCAUUUUGUUGGUUGUGUGGCGGUGCUACUGGUAGAGAGCACACUUGGACUAGCAUUGCUGGUCACAGCUGUGGUCGCUUUAAGGAAGAUCAAGAGAAGCAAGCUGAGCGUGCAAAAAGGGAUCUGAACCGUUAUAUGCACUACCACAACCGUUACAAAGCUCACACAGAUUCUUUUAAGCUUGAAUCAAAACUUAAGGAAACAAUAGAGUCUCAGAUAUAUAUGUUGGAAGGCAAGGAGUCUGAGCUCAAGGAUUUUAGCUGGUUAACUAAUGGCCUUAACAGACUCUUCAGGUCGAGACGAGUACUCUCAUAUUCGUAUCCAUUUGCAUUUUACAUGUUUGGGGAGGAUCUCUUCGGCGACGAAAUGACUCCUGUGGAAAGGGAGAUAAAGCAAAACCUAUUUGAGGACCAACAGCAGCAGCUUGAAGAAAAUGUUGAGAAACUCUCCAAGGCUUUAGAGGAGAAGUAUGACGGGUUAGAAGAUGAUAAUCUCAAGCAGUCAAGGAUGCAACUUAUCAAUCUGUCAGUGAUCACUGAUAGACUCUGCAAGUCAAUGUAUGAAUGCAUCGAGAAUGAUUUACUGGGUUCGCUUAAAGUGGCAACCCACAAUAUUGCAGCAUACAAAUCAAAGGGCGUUGAGAGGGCAUCAGAACUUCUUGUGCGGGCAACCAAGGGGAAUAAUUCUAUUAGCUAUUUGCAGACCAAUUCCAGCAUAAGUGCAACCGGCUUAGAAACAAAUCACUCUUGGAUUCCCAACUUGCUAUAUGGUGUUGAGUUGAUAAAGAGUAAUGACUUGCUGCCGGUGUCACUACAAUGAUUGCUGCCGGUGGUAAAGUCACUGGGUGAUAUAUCAGUGACCUGAGUUUCAAAACUCGCCAGCACCAAGUUCUUUACUGAUCAUAAAAUCGUCAGCACCAAGUUCGGUACACUGAUCAGAAAAUCGUCAGCACCAAGUUCUAUACCGAGCAGGAAGAAAAAAAAAAUAAUGACUUGCUAAAAGCUUUUAAAAUUCUUGGUACUACUAGAUAUAUGGGACACAAUAUAGGAUCAAGCAUACAGAGAUUUCUUUCUUCAUUGUGUCUAGCUUCUUUUCACCAAUGUUCAUUGGUAAACCAAGAUCCAGGUGAUUCGGAGCAAAAAAAAAACAAAAGAGGAGCAGAGAGAAAUGUUGCAUCAUCUCAAGGUAGUUAAUCUCGGAUUCUGGUUUAUCUCGGUCCCGAGCGAGACACUGGUACAACGUUGUCUCGGGGAGAUUCCGUUUUCAAAUUUCGGUGUGAUUUCGGUUCCAACUUUUAUAAUAAGAAGUGUUUGUUGCCAGGUUCAAUUUCAUGGGGAUGAAGCGUUAAUUCCAAAAUUAUUACCACUGCCUAAUUGGGAGCCAACUGAACUUGGUACACCACUGGCUAAUACAACCAAUUAUUAGCACAAAAUUAUUACCACUGCCUAAUAAAGCUCUACUUAUGAACAUCGAUGUAUAGUCUAUAAAUUGAUAUCAGAUAAUGACACAAA